CCCAAAUUACGGUACCGUACUCUAAAAAGUCAAAAAUACCCAAUAUUGUUAAAGGAAUUUACAAGUGGGUAGUUCAAACGUUUUCGAGAUUCAUAAGUAAUAACCUAACAUUUCGUCUCUCACAUCCGCUAAAGUACAAAUAUUUACAUUUUCGUAUUGACAAGUUUACACAACAAUGGAAGAAGACGGCACUUCUCUCCGAUUCAAAACACAAUGGUUAAAUGAGACAUUAAAGUUUAUAAGAAAUGACCAAAUACUGAAGUAUAAGUAUCCAGAGUGGCCCAUGUCUCGAGUAACAUUCUACCACGCAUUGCUAGCACAGUGCCAACUAAAAGCUGGACUUGGUAUUAAGACAUUAUAUGCCCCACUGUGGGAAGCCAUGCAAGUGUUUGGCCUCAAAUACACUUUUAAAGUCACAAUUAUUCAUUGUGAAGAACCUGAGAAAGGGUGUCUAGUCUUUGAAAAAAUUCCAAAGAAAACUGAAGAAGAUAAUGAAACAGACAGUGAAGAGGAAUCGGAAUGCAAACAUAAGUUAACAAAAAAAGCUGAGCAAGCCUAUCUCCUGAAUAAAGCUAUAGUAGAAAGAAAUUCACCAACAUUUAUAAAAAAUACCCUCCAGUCUCUUCUAAGUUUUAUAAGUGACGAGGCAUCAGCUAGCGUAGACUUCAAAAAUUUAGCACCUAUCGAGGCAAAAUUUAUUCAAAACAUCCAAGCAAUACAUGAUCAAAAAUUUUUGUUUUAUAAGAUUUUUACACCAUCUGCUAUAGAAAUAUUGAAAAAAAUAUCUACAGGUCUCAAAAUGUUUAAGAAUACUUACAACAUUAAAAUUGGUAAUGUUAGAACACAUCCAAAGACCUCUAAAAGAGAAAUAACAAUAACCAAGGAACCAAAUUUUGGCAGCCCAUCUUUACAAGCACUUUCAGCAUCAUCUACAGCACCAAGUAAGAAAGGGAAUAAGUCAAAGCCAAGCUUAUCCCUAGCACCUUUAAGGACCCCAAAAAGUAUUAACCCAAAACCAAUACCUAGUUUUGAUUCUACGAGUCACAUUGAAAUACCAGUAACUGUUACUAAAGAGAGAGACAAACUUGACAAAACUAAGGAAGAAAAACAACCCAAUCGAGUUAAAGAGAUGCCCAAAACUAAAACAACCAGACAGACAAAAUCACGGCUUAUUAAUGUUGAAGAUGUAUCUCAUAAUGAAAGUGCAAAAGAGAAUUCACUCUCAAAUUCCAAUAAGACUGAAAUUGAAUUAAAAUCUAGCACUAGUGUUAAGAAAAUAGAAGAAAGUAAUAUCAAAGUAGCUGAUAAUGUAAAGAAAAGUGCAACCAUUCCAGAGAAAGUGGAAGGUAACACAAAGGAUCCUCUGCCUGCAGAUAACAGUAAGCCGUCUCUCUCUAGAAGUGGACAGAAGAAGGCAAUGAUAGAUGCCAUGUCGAAACCCAUGGAGAGUGACAAGGGUUUGAGGAUGAUGAAACUGAUGGGAUGGGAGGGCGGCGCCCUGGGGGCGCGCGGGGACGGCAUCAUCGAGCCGAUUAUACCGGCCUUAAAUCUGAAACCGAAGGCGGGACUCGGCGCGCCGCCGAUCAAAAUUAAAGAGACAGUCGAACUGAAAACCAAGAAGGGUAAGAAAGAGGCAAAAGCUAGUUUGGUACGGUUCCAGUUUUUGGAAGGACUGUUAGAAGCUUUGGAUAAAGGGAGUAGUGUUGUACGUUUCAACAAUUCCCUCAAUACAAAGGAAGUGAGGUUUUAUAUAUUGAAUAUUGUGGACUUGAACAGGCGGUCCCGGGUGUCCCAUAAUGGCCCCAACCAGAAGAUCAUGGUGGAUAAAAUAUUGGACAAACUCAAAAUGAUGCCGAAUAAGAUGUUCGAUUAUAGCUUUAUGAAUAACGCUAGUGAACUUUGCCUACACGUGGUUAACAAAAUCGAUGGGGUCAGCGUGCCGAAACCGGUUGCACCGACACCCGGCUCCGAGGAGCUACCAGAGAAACUUCUAGACAUAGACAACUACCUGCGAUCCACAACAGGAAAACCCAAGAGGAAGAAAACUACCGUCUCCAGAACGGCUGUGAAGCUGUACACUCUAGUGAUGGUCGCUGAGUUUGUAGAAAGCGACGACACGGACUUGAAUAUGGACUUCAGUUUCGGGUUCUGCAAGAAAGUCUACCAGUACAUGCAGCGUGUGUGUGACGUCAUCAACGAGGGGAAAGCGAAUGGCAAAAUAAAGUCAGCGGAGGAAGUGAAGCUACUGGCCGAGAUCAGCGCGGGCUUGAAGCAUUCGUUUCUGUCUGUCCAUCUGUUCAGCCCACUAGUUACUGUUCGCAAGCUGAAACUAAGCUCGAAACAACGUCAAAUGGUUGAUUACGACGAGCUGUUCAAUAUUCCACCAAAGGGUAAAGCUAAUGAUAAGAAAGAUGAAAGCGAUUCAGAUUCAGACAAUGAAAAUAAAUCAAGUAUAAACAAUAGCAUGAGAGUAGAGGUACCAAAUCAUGGCAAGAAAACAAUUGAUUUCACUAAUGAUUCAUUUAGUGAAAUGAUAAAUUUCAAGACGAAAACUGAUAAAGAAGAAACAAUAGAAGAAGCAAAUAUUUCAAGCGAUAAAAGUGAAGAACAUAUGGAUCAUGAAUCUCUGCAUAAUGAAAACGAAGAAAUUUCUACGGAUAACAAGAAUGAAGGCAAAAGUAUAUUAAUAAAAGAAAACUUAAGCAACAUAGAUUAUAAUUACAAUCUCCUUAAUGGUGAUAUAAAUAGUGAGAUUAAGAUAAAUCAAAGCUGUGAUACAAAUAGUCGUAAGGAUAACAUUGAUCUCAAAGACGAAGUCGAAAAAUAUAGUAUUGACGUUUUAGAAUACAAAGAAUACAGAAUUGUAAAGAUUGUUGUACAAGAUUGGGAGCAAGUUGAGAAUUUAUUUAGAAAAAUACAGGAGAACAUUAUGAAUUGUGAUUAUUUUAUCGAGGACAACUAUUUGAAGUGCCACGGUGUACAAAAUGGGGGUCUUGUUUACUACUAUUCCAACGAAGAUUGGCUCAAGGACAUUUUGAGUAAAAAUUUUCACGCCAACUUUAUUUGGGAGAUAAUUGAAAAAUUUAAAUUGAAAGUUCAUAUAAACAGUUUUAUUAAAAUUGAAGACGUUUUUAAAGCUCUCGAGCUGCACAACAGAGGGCUAUGCACCACUGAUUGGACUGUUCUAGAGGAGGGGAACUGUUAUUUUGUUGUAGAUGUAGACUGUGAUUCGUUCCAAUUUGUAUGUGAUCAUCGUUUCUCGCUGUUCGCUGGUGUGGACACGGCUUUGUUUACGAUUGUUUUGUAGUUUGUUUUUCUAUUAAAGUUUUUUUU